CGUCCCUUCCUCUUUUACCCCGAUUCAGAGCUACGACGAAUACUUCAAUACUUCACUUUACUGCCAUCUCCAAGCCUGACAGAAUGUCUGACUGUGACAAAGGUCCUCGAGACGAAGAAGCCUUGCGUCCUACCCCAAAGUACCGUUGUAAAGUUCCAGCACCGGCGGAGGACCUAAAAUACUAUGUACAGGGUUUGUUCCACCCUGUGUAUAUUGGAGAAGUGUACAAGGAAGGUAGAUACAGAAUUGAGCAGAAGCUUGCCUUUAGUAGUACUUGUACUAUAUGGGGAGCAAGAGAUCUUCAUACCAACAAAUUCGUGGCUUUGAAGGUGCUAGCAACAAAUAAGUCGCAGGAUUCCAAGGAACUUCGCAUCUUACAAAGGCUUCGCGAUAGCAAUCUAGAUCAUCCGGGGCGUCGACAUGUCCUUCGAUUUUUUGACCAUUUCUUUCACGAUGGCGUCAAUGGUCGCCACUUAUUCCUAGUUACCGAAGCGUUAGGAGAAACGAUAUGUGAAUGGUCUUACGCAAGCGACUACUCUCCCGCUGAGGGUAAUACCUGUCGCCCUUUACUCAAGGAACUCCUUCUUGCAGUAGACUUCUUGCACAAAUGUCAUGUUGUUCACGGCGAUCUGAAUAACCAGAAUAUAAUGUUUCCCAUCUCUCGUUUCGAUUCUUUUGACGAGCCGGUCAUUGGCAAGGUCACCAGAGAUGAUGGAGCACCUGUAGAAAAGGGUAUUCCAGAGUACCUAGUCGGAAAAGCUCACACCAAUACGGAUUUAAAUAAUCCGAGAGAAGAAGACGAGUGUGGUUUUGAUAUGAAGAUUAUAGAUUUUUCAUCCUCGUUCUUCGACGACGAGUACCCUACCUCGAUUAUUGUCACGAGAUGCCUUACCCCACCCGAGAUGAUCUUCCAGAAACCCUUGACAAAGGCAAUAGAUAUAUGGCAAGUUGCCUGCAUUACAUUCUGGGCGGUGGCGUCGCCUUCAGAUCUCUUCGAUUAUUGGGGUGACAGCCGUGAACUCAUACCUCAGAUCUACAAAAUUAUCGGCGAGUCAUCUGCUAAUUGGCUCUUGGUUUCAUUGAUGGAAGGCGUCCAGGACAAGAUCUGGGCAACCAGUCCAGGACCUAUUGGUAUCGAAAAAUCCAAAGGCCUGAAUUUAGAGAGGCUUAUACAAGAGAUAGUCUAUUACCCGGAUGAAACCCGUGAUAACGCUUGGAAACAAACAGAAGCAAAUCUCAAGAGAAUGAAAGACAGAGUGCAUAAAGAACUUGAAAGAAAGACGAAGGAAGAACUUGAAAGCAAAACGCAGAAGGAACUUGAAAGCAAAACGCAGAAGGAACUUGAAAGCAAAACGCAGGAGGAACUUCAAAGAAAAACGCAGGAGGAACUUGAAAGAAAGAUGGAGGAAGAACUUGAAAGAAAGAAGGAGGCAGAAUGUAUAAGAAAGAUGGAGGAAAAACUUGACAGAGAGAAAAAGGAAGCUUCCUUGUACAUUCCUCUCAGAGAAAUACCCGAGGUAGAGAAGUACGUAAAGGAUUUCGGGAGGUUUCUUCGGAGGAUGCUUGUGGUAGACCCGGAACAACGUCCAACGGCAGAGGAACUUCUAACGGAUGAUUUCGUUGGGGAGGUCUACGAUUCCUUCCCGUACUCGGAGUCUUCAUCUAACCGCGAGUGAUUCAGGAUAGGAAAGCCGGCGU